UUAUUAUAUUAUUAAAUUAGUAUUAAAACGUAUUAUAAUGUCUAAGCUGCAUUCAAGGCCCACCCAAUUGCAGAUGAAAACUUUGGUCGAACUUAUGAGCAAAGAUCCUUUAUUGUGUGCCGGUAAAUUUACCCAAACCUUCACACAAAAAUCUGCUAAACAAAAAUGGGAAGUUAUCGCAGAACAACUUAACGCGUUACCGGGAGCUGAAAAAAGCUGGGACAAAUGGAAAAAAACAUGGCAAGAUACAAGAUCCGCUACAAAAACCAAAGCUGCAGCUAUUAAGCGACAUAUCGGAGGUACUGGCGGUGGACCUACUUGUGCCAUUCAGCUGAACGAUAUUCAACAAGAUGCAUUACUUUUAAUGAGUCCGGCAUCAGUAAGUGGUCAUUCUAAGUCCAAGGAAUCAAAUGUGGAAUUUAUUUAUGAAAUUACUGAAAAUGAUGUGACACUAGAUACUAAUGAUUAUAUCAUCGAAGAAGUAGCUGAUAUUGAAUCUGACGAUGAAAACAAUAAUCAUUCAAUCACUUCCCCUAAACUGAUAGCGGCCAAUAAUAAACAGCCAAUCAUUGCACCAUUUUCACCUAAAUCAGAUAUAAAAAGGAAAAUGACUACUACAGCUAGGUUAGCUGCAAUCAGCAGAUAA